CGGGUUCAUUAACCCGCAACCAGCAAGGUUCCUCUUCUGGCGAGCAUGUCUCGCCGGCGCCUGCAUCCGGCAGCGCCAGCUGCAGCAGCACCCAUAACUGCAGCGCCCGUGACGCGGGCUUUGAGAAGUUCCUGGAGGCUGUGAACAGCGGCGCCAACCUGGUGCCUCUCAGCAAACGGAUCUUUUCGGACCAUCUCACCCCCGUCUCCGCCUACCGGUGCCUGGUUUCGGAGAACGACAGCGAGCUGCCCUCCUUCCUGCUGGAGAGCGUUGUGAACGGCGACCAGCAGGGCCGCUACUCAUUCCUGGGCUCCUGUCCGGCCCUCGAAGUGGUGGCCACCCGGGACAGGGUGGUGCUGCUGGAUCACGCGGCCGGCAGCCGUACCGUUACCACGAUGGAGGAUCCCAUGCAGCUUCCGGAAAGUCUGAGCCGGAACUGGCGGCCGGCGCGUGUGGACGGCAUUCCGGACGUGUUCACCGGCGGCUGGGUCGGGUACGCCGGGUACGACACCGUGCGCUACGUGUACGGCAACAAGUUGCCGUUUGAGUCAGCUCCUACGGACGACCGUCAGCUCCCCGACAUGCACCUGGCGCUGUACUACGAUGUGGUCGUGUUUGACCAGGCGACAAAGAUACUCUACCCGAUCUCCUGGGUGCCGGUUUCGGAGCAGGACGCCGCUAGUCCCGAGGCCCUGCGAGCAGCCUACGAUGCCGGCCUCGCGCGACUGGGCCGUCUGGCUGCCCGUCUGUCCUCGGCUCCCCCCGCCGCCUCCCUCACCCCGGGCGCCAUCUCCCUGGACCUCAACAAGCGACCUGCACUGCCAUCCAACUCCAACAUGACGAAGCAGGCACGUGCCGAGGGGCCUCCGUGGGGGGAAGAGGGGCUGGUGGCCCCGGAGUUUAUGGACGCCGUGGCGGCCACCAAAGAGCACAUCCAGGCGGGGGACAUCUUCCAGCUGGUGCUGUCCCAGCGCUUUGAAAGACGAACAUUCGCCAGCCCCUUUGAAAUCUACCGGGCGCUGCGGGUGGUCAACCCGUCGCCGUACAUGGUGUACAUGCAGGCUCGCGGGUGUCACAUUGUGAGCAGCUCUCCGGAGAUCCUGUGUCGCGUGGACAACGGCCGCGUGGUCACCAACCGGCCUCUGGCGGGAACCCGGCCCCGGGGUAAGGACCCUGAGGCGGAUAAGGCGCUGGAGGCGGACCUGUUGGCGGAUGCGAAGGAGAUUGCGGAGCACGUGAUGUUGGUGGACCUGGGGCGGAACGACGUGGGGAAGGUCUCUGUGUCCGGCAGUGUCGUGGUUCGCAAGCUGAUGGAGGUGGAGCGCUACAGCCACGUGAUGCACAUCAGCUCCACAGUGACGGGACAGCUACUGCCGCAGCUGGACGCGUGGGACGCCCUGAGGGCGGCGCUGCCGGCGGGCACGGUGCGCGCCAUGCAAAUCAUUGACGAACUGGAGGCCAACAAGCGGGGACCGUACGGCGGCGGUAUUGGUCACGUGUCCUUCACGGGGGCUAUGGACAUGGCCCUGGGGCUACGAACGAUGAUUAUUCCCGACUCGGCAGCUGACACGUUGUACAAGUACGACGCUCCUGCGGCCCCUGGCUGUCCACCUCGCCGCGAGUGGAGCGUGCACAUCCAGGCGGGUGCGGGUAUCGUGGCCGACAGUCGCCCAGAGUCCGAGUACGAGGAGACGGUGAACAAGGCGGCGGCGCUGGGCCGGGCCAUCGAUCUGGCGGAGCAGGCGUUUGUGGAGGACGGCAAGGUGGCCGCGGCGUGAUGGAUGUGAAGGAGGCGAGGGCUGGGCGGGGAUUGGAGUGAAGUGACAGGGAGGGGAAGAAGGGGAGGGGGUGAGAGGACUGACGGUUGCAGCUAAAGGGGAAUCUCUUUAAAUUCGUCCCCUUUAGGGGGAGGAGGUGAGCUAACCAGAGCGUCAAUAUCCGAGCGGCGGUUCGGCGAUACUAAAUUGACGAGGUCUUUGCUAGAAGAUGUUGUGAGUAUUGUUGUACCGUGCAGGAAAGCGGGACUUUGCCGAAAGGGAUUAGGGACGGAACCUUGACUUAUAAGAGACGCGUUUUAAAGAGCGAUGGUCUCUAGUGAUUUAGGAGCUUUAUGAACUACUGACAGUGACGUAGGGUGUUAAUACACGCUGUUCAUGAUAUUUAAUUGUCCAAUGUC